AUGUUUACACUGCGGACGGCGGCGGCCGCGGGAGGAUGGGCCGCCGCUAGGCUCGCAGUCUGGACGCGCCGGGCCGAGCGCAGGGUGGGUGCCCGCGCCUGCAGCGUCCGCGGGGGCGGCGCGGCGGGAGGUGGCAAUCGGCUCCGGGCCUCGCGGCCACAGCCCCCGGCCCAGCGGGCCUUUCCGCGGCGCCGCCUGGCCGAGCCGCCCGCCCACCCCGGGUCCUCGCGGGCAGGAGAACGGAAACCUCCCAACUUCUUGGUGAGUGGCGCCGGGGUCCCGGGCGCGGGGACUCGGGCGGGGAGGGGAGGUCGGGACCGCGCGGGCCGGCCUCGGGAUCCCCCCGCGCGGGGAGUGGGGCGGGGCGCGCGCGCUCCAGCGGGGUGGGGGUUCCGGUCCUGUCGGGGGGCAGCAGCGGCAGCGGGCGGCGGGACUUUGGCGCCCGGCACGGGCUCUGGGGCCCGAGGCCGCCACGGCGCCGCGGUAGCUAAGAAACUCUGCGGCCACGGCGGCGGCGGCGGCGGCAACAGGUCUUUGGUUUCAGGACCGGAGGAACUUGAGCGAAGUCCCGCCUCCCGGCGAUGCUCAUUGGCGGCGUCGGUUAUUUAUCCGUCGCGGAUUGGUUAG